UUAAAAUUUCUUAAACACAAAACCCUUCUACUAAAUCAUUUCUAAACAUACAGAAAACCCUUUAUCAUCUUUCCCUCCAUCCCUACCCGACCAAAACCCUCCCUGCAUUACUUUCAAUCACCUCAAACCAACCAAACAAACAAAAUUCCCGCCAAAACGAGCGACCAAGCGUCCAGCAAUGGCGUCCCUGGAGGUCAAGAAUCUGAGAAAGGCAGUGGUGCCAUCAACUCUAAUAGACUAUCCAUCUCCUGGAAAUAUCCAGUCAACUCGUCUCGCUCUUCAUGUUAAUGAGGACGCCUCUUCGUGCUUGGUUUACAUUGCCUCUGGCUGCCACAUCUACAAAGUCCAGAUUAUGAUGGAAGAUUCCUUGGUCAAUAAAGGGAAAGAGAGUCUGCUGAUCCCUGAACAGACACAAGCUAUGGAUGCUUCAUUACUUAAACGAUGUCCUCAUCGUUCAGAAAUUCAGAGUAUUGUGCUUGCGGAAACUGAUAGUAAUGGUUACUUUGUGUUGGGAAGUGUGGAUUCUUAUGGUCACUUCAUUGUAUCAAAACUGGAUACUAGUGGUAAAGAUGUUGACAGGCUUACCUAUUCAGUAUUGCCUCAGGAUUGUGGUGUAGGAGAAGGCAGCUGGGCGGGGCUAUGCUUCAGUCCAAGCCAAUGGUCCAUGGCAGCUGUUGCACGUUGCUUUAGCAAAAGCAUUGAUGUUUAUGAUCAAGAUAUCCACCUGAGGACUUUACGCACACUCUGGUAUCCAUCUUCAUUGAGCUUCAUGCAGAAUUUAAGUAAUGAAAAUGGAAGUUCUAUAUUAGCUGUCACAGAAGGCUGCCAGCUGACUUUAUGGGACUUGAGAAUGAAAGAAAAUGGUGGUUGUCUACGUCGAAUUUGCAGCUCUGUUGGUGAUAACUUAUAUGCUGUUUGUGGUUCUCCAACUGGUAAUGUUGCAGUGGCAGGAGCUGACCGUACUGUGACAAUUUAUGAUCCUCGCAGAUGGUCGGCACUAUCAAGAUGGGUUCACUGUUCAAAAUAUGAGAUAACAGGACUUGCUUUUUCAUCAAUCAACUCUGAUUACAUCUAUGUGCAAGGGGUUGAUUAUGAGGUCUUCUGUGGGCAGUGGAAAGGAAGCAGUAAGGUAUUUUCAUUUAGAGGAGACUCAAACUGGCUUGGAUUCAGUAAGUGCUCUGACAGGGAUGUAUUGGGUGGAUGGUCUGAUUCAGGCAGCAUUUUCGUGGUUGAUGUUGGAGCUAAAGAGAGUGAUAUAAACUUGUUGAAAGGUCGCAUUAGCCAAUGUCCCUAGUGGUGGUUCAGCUAUCCUCUCAUCUUUGAAGUUACUUUUUAGUUACACGUCAAAGAAUUUGGGUAAAUCAGAACCAUUGACCUCAAUAUUUGGUAGCAGUCAUUUCAGCGAAUCCACACAUGCUCCAGUCAAGCAGUCAAUUCAUUGAGACAAAAUGCAUUCCGCAAGGUAAAUGAAUGGAUUUUUAUAUUCCUGUGCACAAAAUUACAUAUAUAUGAAGCAUGAUUUCAGUUUUGACUGUCCGCCAAAAGUCGAUGUAUUGGAAAUUACGUUUAGUGUUACGUAUUUGUCAAGCAUAGUCGCCUUCAGCAAUGUUGACUGGGAUUCUCGAGUCGUUAAGACCAAACUAUUGAGAAGAAGAAAAGUAAGUGAGAUGUGAUUGGAUUCUCUGAUUCUAGACUACUCGAUGUUUGCAAUAUUUAUAAUAUGCUUUUACCGAUAUGAUUUUCUCUAA